AUGACAGACAGUGAGGGAAGCCGCACUUCACAGAGGAGAAUGGUUGAGGGUGAGUCAAGCAAUGCAAGAGAGACAAGGCUUAAGAUGCAAGCCGAUUUGAAGAGGAUGGAUCAGAGGAUGGAAGGGUCUGAUGCAGAGGAGUAUGUCUACUCUGAGGAACAGUCUGAGAGUGAGAGACUGAGGGAAGAAAGGAGAACCAAGAAGAGGAAUGACCCUAUAAGUAGUGAGAGUGAGCAAGGGGAGUUUGAGAUUGGAGUGAACCUUGUUCAAGAGGGGGGAAAUGGCUCUCCAAAUGAGGAAGGAGAAGAGGUGAACCAAUUGGUUGAUGAAGAUGACCAAGAGGGGAACCAAGAUGAGCCAAUGGAAGAGGUUGAGGAAGAGCAAGAGGAGGAUGAGCUCCCCAUGUACCAAGAGCACUACAAUGCUCUCUUCUCCAUGGACUUUGUGGAGACUAAGCACCCACACGAUGACACCAUGAGAGAUCUUGGUAUCUUUGAGGAUGUGGAGUUGGUGCUCAAGAACAUGCAAUUGGGGAAGUUCUUCUCUCACCGCAUGGAGUCUUACAAGGAGUUGACUUGUGAGUUUUUGGCGUCGAUGAAGCAUCACGAGUUUGAUGAGCUCGAUCGAGCUGUUUGGGUUCACCUAUGGAGAAGGUCCAAGGCUGCCCAGAUCAGAAGUCCUGUGCUUAGAUAUGUCCACAAGGCUCUUGCAAACACCUUCUUUGCAAGGAAAGCCACUGGAACAAUCAAUGAGGGAGAAGUGAAGCUCCUUACCAUGGGAAUCAAGCCUAUCAUCUCACGAACUAGGGAUGGGAAGAAGAUCAGAGGAGACAGGGCACACGCAGGGAAUCUCAUGCCUCUCCUUGAGCAGCUCCAAGCCUACAAGGUCACAGCUUACAACACUAGGCACCAAAGAGGAAGAAAGCUUAGUGUUGGAGGGGUGAUCACACCAAUUCUUUGUGCAGCAGGAGUUCAAGUGGACAAGAGAAGGUCUACUCCACCAGGAAUUGGAUGGGAGAUUCCAAUUCAAAUUCACCCACCCACGGCUGGACUCUCCAAGCUUCUUCUGCCCAACCCUGAGCUCACCACGGUCCUAGGAGGUACAAACAUUGACUUCAGACCCCCUGUGUACACUUUGGUUGGGCAUGAAGCAGAUUUGCAAGAAGAAGAGAUCGAGCUCGAUCGAGCUGAGGAUCGAGCUGAGGCUCAAGCUGAAGAUGGAGUGCAGGAAAGCGCUGACUUGGGUGAGCCUGAGUGCUAUUACUUUGAGGAGUAUGAGGCUCCAAGGAUGAACCCCUCUGUUGUGGCUGCUCACAAGAGGAUUGGACUUCUCCAAAAGCUCACCAAGUGGCAAGGGAAGGCCAUGGACAAGAUGCAAAAGUCCAUGGAUAAGAUGGUGAGCAAGAUCAAGAGCUUGGAGAAGAAAGUAUCUGGUUCUUCAAGCAAGAAAAAGAAGGCACCCAAAGCUCCCACUUUCCCUAGGAGUAGGUCACUCCUCACCACUCAAAGGAGACUCCCUGCCCAAGAGCCUCACAGAGCCUCUUCUUUCGAGCCAAGGGAAGGAGAAGACAACACGCAGAGAAGGAGGAAGACUUCCAAGGCCAGACGCUCCAGCUCGACCACCGGACUCGAUCGAGUCCAAACAGAGGAAACUCAACUCGAUCGAGCUGACGGUCGAGCUGACCAGGAGGAGCCCCAGUUCGAGGAUCCGGAUUUGAAUACGAUCCCAUGCCUUACCAGGAGCCUCCCCGGAGUAGAUGGAACCCCUAUGGACAGUACGAGCUACCAAUGCUUCACCAAGGCCAAGGAAGCCACACACAUUUCAACGCUGAAGAAGAGGAGGAAGAGGAGCCACAAGCUUGUUUACUUUGUUCUUAGUUUUUCAUUUAGCUUGGGGGAGGGUUCAAGAGAUGAUUUAACCUUGUUUUCUUUGUUCUUAGUUUUUCAUUUAUCUUUUGCAUAG